AUGGUACGUAGUCGCAGUGAGACCAAUCUAAAUCGCAUAUUCAUCGAUUUAUGCACGAGCCCACAAGCACGCAGGAAAUAUAAGCAUGAACGAAACGAUCAACAACAGCAUCAUUCACCUUUGCCAACGUUAAAACCGAUUAAAUCCAAUUCUUGUUCAAAUAUAAAAGAACUUCAGCCUAAUUCAAUAGCUUCACCCUCGUCAUCAUCAUCUGAGAGCGUUCAAGACGAACAAAACGAUGUAUUACAUAGAACAACUAUUGAACCAACAUCAAUUGCACAACAACAAGAAAUUGUUGAACCUCAAGGAUCAACAACUACGUUGUUAGUACCAAUGCAAUCAACAGGUUUUUCUAUCCAAACAACUACUCGUCACUCAUCACCAUUGUUCGAAACAUCAACAAUAAGGAAUCAUACAUUUGCAAGUUUACCUGGCGAAGAAACAUUACCCGAAGCAAGUAAAAUUCAGCCUACUUAUCAACGAUCACCAUCUGAUGAAAUAGUAUCAUUACCAUACAAUGGAAACAUAUCAUCGAAAGACAAUACGUAUGCAAAUAACGCUCACAAUUUUGUACCAAUAAUUUCUCGACAGAGAACAAAUGAUUCAGCAAUCGAUACGCUGUCAGCGACAUCAACCUUAAUUUCAUAUAACGAUGAUAAAAAACGCAAUAAACCUCGAAAAGCACACUCAUUCAUGAGUUCAUUUCGACGUACAAUAUUUCACCGACGCAAGAAAAAUAGCAAUGAUGAGCAAAAUGAUUACGAUGGAGCUUCGUCGUUAAACAGUACAAUACAUAGUGAUGCUAUGCCACAUAGCCUAUCGGCAGAACCAUGUGUAUCCUUAAGUCCGGCAAGUCCACCAAACUUUCAUCGAGGUCAUUCAAUAACUCGAUCGUUUAGAAAUAUGUUUCGAUCAAAAGGAAAUAAGAAAACAUUAGAUACAAGUAAUGUUACUAUUGAUCAUCACGAUUCAGUUUCAACGUCGACACCAACACCGAAAAAACGUUCAUUUUUUCACCCAUUUAAAUCAGAAAAAAAACGACGAACUAACGGAUCAGCUAAUUCAUUAACAAGUGACGAUUGUACGAGGUCAGCUUCUGCUCGAAAUACUCCUGUUCGCGCUAAUGUGGGUCGUCCGGUGACAAUGACAAAAACGCUUGUACGAUGA